AUGAAGGAGCGGCUGAUGUCAAACAUCGUGACUGUGCCUGGCACCGUGGCAGACCCGGAGUGGGCCGAAGCCGAGCAAAGAGAGAUCGACUUGAUAGCGUCGGAUAAGAAUGCAGCGGAGGCGGAGAGUGGCCCGGAGCGGAAGCAGGAGGACGAGGAUGGGGUGGGACAUUUCAUGUCAAUGGGUGAAUAUAUGGCUGAUGUGGAUGCAGAGCAGAUUUUGGCGUAUCUGCUGCAUGCAGCCGGCGAUCUUGGAGACAUUGAAGAGGUUUCACUUAUCCUGGCCACGAGAAGAGUGGACGUCAACGCUUGCAAUGAUGACGGGGUGACUGCACUGCAUGAGGCGGUUAGGUGCGAAAAUCUCGACAUCGUCAAGCUGCUUCUGGAUUCGGGGGCUGAUGUCGAGGCUCCUGUCAGUGAAGAGUACUCCAAGGGCCGCUUUCGCUUGAAGACGGCUUCCGAUCUGGCAGCGGCCUAUGGUUCUUUGCGCGCCUUCAAGGCUCUCCGUGACCACAACGCAUCCGUGAGUGCCACGACGCUCGCCAGCCUGCUGCGCGGUGAGGGCCCUCGCUACACUGAGGCUGUUGAGGCGUUGCUGAAACAGGCCAGUGCAAAGGCACAACCUGGGCAGGCCAGACUUCGAGAGCACCUUCGGGUACUCCUCCUUCCCUCCAAGAACUUGGACAUCGCUGUUCCGGGUGAGGCAGCGGUUGCUGCCUGUCAGGGCCUGCACGAGCAGAACCUGCUUUAUGCUGCUGAGGUGGGCGUGACCUUGUUAGAGAUGCCGCUGCUGGCACCAGUGGCAUGCGAGAGGAUGGUCCUGGCUGCAGUGGCAGAGACUGCCAAUGAGGAAAUUGUUGCCACUGACACGGUCGACGCUUUGACAGCAGCUGCAUGGCUGCAGAUGCGUGCUUCAACAGCACUGGACAUCUUGCUGAUGUUGGUGAGCGUGGUGUGUUUGUGCCUGGUCAGCUAUUCCUACCGCCAUGGAGGAGUAGAUGCCAGGCCGGCUCUGUGGAUACUUGCAGUUAUCCACACGAAGGAAGCUCUCGAGUGGCUGCUGCAGGCUGCGUAUUUCUUCUGGAGCAAAUGCUGCGGACGCUACGAGGAAGCCGCCGUGGGUCUGGAAUCCCUGGCGGACCUUCUCUACCUGGUUACCGGUUAUCUUGCCAUAGUGCAUCAGAUGGAGCUUCAGGAGCUAGAGCAAAGCUUCCUCCCGAUUUUCUCUGCCAUGGCUUGGCUGAGACUCCUGUACAGUCUACGUGGCGAGCGGUGGUUGGGACCUCGUUUGCUACCCAUCCUGUCGGCCGUGAGGGAUACCCAGGCAUUCUUUCUUGUGACAGUCCUGUGCCUAGCAUCGGCGACCCAUGCCUACUUCAUCUUAAACCCAAGAGGGGAAGACCCACUACCGAUAUAUGCCUCCUUUACCCACACCGUGCGCCUUGGCAUUUUUGGAGAUUUCGACCUCUUCGAGUACCAGGGACAAGAUACCACCUUCGCGGUGGAUGCUGCUACAGGUGAGUGGGUGCCCAAUGAUCCGGUUCCCGAUGAAAUUGGUUAUUCCUCGUUUGUGUACCUGCAAGUCAUCUUCUUUUUCACCGGGGUGGGAAUCACCAUCCUGCUAAUGAACUUGCUUAUCGGCGUCUUGGGGCAGAACUACGAAAUCCACAUGGAUCGGGCUCAGGUCCUCUUCGUGCGGGCUCGGGCAAAGAUGCUGUUGGAGCACCGGGGUCGGCCCCAGGCCAAGAUCAAGCGCAGGCUACUGCGCAGGCUGUGCCCAAAAAGGGAGUCUACGGACAAGGUGAGCGAAGAGGAGGUGAGCAGAGCAAGGAGCAGCAUGUCCGCAGCCCAUUGGUGCAUUGCCGUGGUCGUACUCUUGAGUUUCCUGCCAGUCAUGCUUUGUGUUAUCGGCCCUCAGCACUGGGAGGCUGUUCUGGGCCCGCUGCGCUACAGGGUGUUUCGGCACAGUGCCCUGGCGUUUGUGUUGUUCUUGAUUUUCCCCGUCAUCCUCGCACUGUCACUGGCAUUGGCCGUGCCAGUCGCGCUCGUCUUGGCGAGUUUAUGGAUCCUCGGCUUUCACAUCCAGGGUAUGCAAUACGCAAUAAACUUCACUCUCUUCAACAUCUUCGGGAAUCACCGGGCUGCGAAAUGUACCAUCUAUGCGAUGGUUCGGACAGAGUCGGGUGUCGACGAGCUGCGCGGCAUGCGCACCGAUCUCAAGGACAAGAUGCAGAAGCUGGAGGAUGUACUGCAGAACCAGCAUCUCGCUCACAAGGAGAGUCUGGCCCAGCAGAAGAAUUCGAUACGAAGCCUGGAGCAGAAGCUGGACAAGAUCCUGACGCUGCUCGCAGGAGAGCCGAAAGCUUCUGAAGAGCUGGGAAGCGAGGAGCCGGAGCUGAAAUCGGCAGAAUUUAGCAUCCGAGGCAUGACUUGCGCUGCUUGCAGCGGCGCCGUGCAGAAGGCUUUGGAGAGCAUCCCGGGCGUGGAGCAGGUCGAAGUGAGCCUUUUGCGUGAGCGAGCUGAUGUCACGUUUAACGCGAAUGUUGUCAAUCCGGAGCAGCUGUGUUCCGAGAUUGAGGACAUUGGUUUCGAAGCAUCCCUGCACCAAGUAGCUGAGAACAAGCUGCGGGCUUCUGCUGGGCCGAGGAACCGCCGUGUGGAGCUCUCCGUUGGGGGAAUGACAUGCGCGGCAUGCAGCGGCGCAGUGGAAAGGGCAUUGAGACGCUGUGAUGGCGUCCUGGAAGUUCAGGUAAGUCUGCUGUGUGGCAAGGCCACCCUGGUUUGCAGCGCGGCAGCGCCAAGUGCGGCAGCCUUGGCUGAGGAGGUAGAUGAUUGUGGCUUCGAAGCAACAGUGCUCACAGAGACCGAGGCUCCAUCUGAGCCUUCCCGACGGCGUGCACCGCCGGAGACGGCGAAGCUGCACCUGCAAGUCUGUGGCAGCUCCGCGGCAUCUGCAGCAUCGAGAGCAGAGGAAGUGCCUGGCGUGAUGAGUGUGACUCUCUUCGGUUCCUGCGGUGUGCGCAUCAUGUAUCGGCUGCCGCCCCAGCGGACGAAGAUGACCUUUGCUGCCAUGCUCCUUAGCUCUGGAGCCUCUACAGGGCUCGGUGGGCGGCCAAGCUUGGCUCCGAAGGGUCCCCCGAAUCUAUACUCGCCGCCUUCGGUGGAGGCACGUGGCUUGGGCAGCCCUCAGCGCAGAGGGCGUGCCAUGACGCCCGUGAUGGCCAGCAAGGUGGCAGCCAAACCACGCACUUGGAAGGCGUUACGGACCUCGGACCAGGCCGCUACUGUUCUGUUCUUGCUCAUCGCCUGCGUGGCUUUCGGGCUUGAGCGAAGUCGAGCACCAACAGUGCGCGGGCUCGUGGUUGAAUCGGUGAGCCCACGGCAUCUCCUGGGUGUUUGCUGGGCCUCCGUCGCCAUCAUCGGCCGCCCAGCGGCCUCUGCACUGAGGAAAGCCAUUGCAACACCCCGUGCGGGCGUGGCGGUUUCGCACGCCGAGCAGGUGGGCGUCACCUCCUUGUUGCAGGGAUUGGCCGCUGUGGCUUUCUUGGUGCUCAACACCGGGAGCAGCGUUCAGCUUUCGUUGCCAACGACCUUCUGGAUCUGCCUGGGUUGCUCCGCCUUCCUGAAUGCCAUCAUCAAGACUUCAGAAACGCACGCCUACACCAUCGGGGAGAUGUCGCUCUGUGCCCCCUUUCUGGCUUUCGAUCCGGUCAUCCAGCUGGCUGUGGGAUCGUUGUUACUUCCGCUGCUCUCAUUUUGCUGCCUUGGUGGGGCACCCCUGGAGCCGCCCAGCUACCAUUUCCUGCGGAAAGCUGCCUCCGUGGCGUGCAUCGCAGCAGGAAUGCUGGCUUUGUCCAUUUCACGCAGGCAGGCAAAGAGGGAGCUGCCGAAAGGCGCUGGCUUCAUCAUUUUGAACUGCUUCCUGUACUCCGCGACGUACCGGCUUGAUGCCGCAGCGGUGGGUGUGACCAGCAGCGUUUGCUACUUCGCCUUUAGUCGCCUCCUUAUGGCGGCAGUCUGCUUUGCCGGGACAUUGCUCCAGACAAAGGACCUCGACGCAAAGCUGGAUGAGUCUUCGGCGAAGUCGGGCGGAUGGGACCGAAGAACGGUCACGCUGCUCUUGUUCGUGUGUAUAGUGGACGCGGCGUACAUGCUUUCCAUGUACCAG